AUGGCUCCUCAUAGACGUCGAGAAUCCGUGAUCAACAAGACCACCACCCAUGACGGAGACCGAUCACUCAUUCAAGAUGAGUCUUCGCGCACCGAUAAUCUGAAGGACAAGUUUAUCGGUGCCAUUGACCAGGGUACCACAAGCACCAGAUUUAUUGUGUUUGACGGCACCGGGCUACCGGUGGCUUCUUACCAGUCUGAAUUUCGUCAGAUCCAUGAACAUUCAGGAUGGCACGAGCAAGAUCCUCGAGAACUCGUUUCGACGGUAGAGAAGUGUAUAGAGGAAACUAUGAAAGCUUUCCUUGCCCUUGGACACUCCAAAACGGAUAUCGUGACCAUUGGCAUUACCAACCAACGUGAGACGACUGUCGUAUGGGACUGGGAGACCGGAGAGCCCCUACACAAUGCUAUUGCAUGGCCCGACACCAGAACAAAAGGGAUGGUGCGCGAGUUGCGUUCCAAGCCAGGAGCCGAUGAGCUGGACAAGAUUUGUGGUCUACCGCUAUCCACCUACCCUUCGUCCGUGACGCUCAUGUGGCUGCUUCGCAACCGACCUGAGGUCAAAAAGGCCUACGAUGAAGGUCGAUUGGCUUUCGGGACGGUUGAUGCAUGGCUUCUGUACAAUCUCAACGGAGGCGUCAAGAACAAAGUGUUUGUGACUGACGUGACAAACGCCUCGCGUACCAUGUUCAUGAACCUGCAUGAAUUGAAAUAUGACGACAAGCUGUUGAACUUCUUUGGUCUGGACAAGAACAAGCUCCGGUUACCCAAAAUCGUACCGUCAGCAGACCCCAAGGCCUUUGGUAAACUUGCCGGUGGACCUUUAGCCGGUACGACCAUUACCAGCUGUCUGGGAGAUCAAUCGGCCGCCUUGGUAGGCCAUUGUGCCUUUGAACCGGGAUAUGCAAAGAAUACAUACGGAACGGGCUGCUUCUUACUUUACAACGUUGGAGAAAAACCAGUGAUUUCGAAACAUGGACUUUUAGCGACUGUUGCUUUCCAGUUGGGUGCUGAUCGAAAACCGGUGUACGCUUUGGAAGGUAGUAUUGCUGUUGCGGGUAGUGGUGUCUCGUUCUUGAUGAACAAUAUGGGUUUCUUCCGUGACUCCAAGAAAGUGAGUGAGGUCGCUGCAACGGUACCGGAUAAUGGAGGUUGUGUGUUUGUGACUGCCUUCAGUGGGUUGUUUGCUCCGUACUGGAUUGAUGAUGCCAAGGGAACAAUAUUCGGUAUCACACAGCACACGCAACGUGGUCAUAUUGCUCGCGCAACACUAGAAGCUGCCUGUUUCCAGACCAAGGCCAUUUUGGAUGCCAUGGCCAAGGACAGUGGUCAUCAAUUGACUGAUCUUGCCGUGGACGGAGGGAUGAGCAAUUCAGAUAUUUGCAUGCAGUCACAAGCGGAUAUCAUUCAAAUCCCAGUCGAGCGUCCCUCGAUGCACGAGACCACCGCCCUCGGAGCCGCAAUCGCUGCUGGAUUCGCAAGCGGCAUCUGGUCCACCUACGAAGAACUCCGACACAUGAACCGCGCCAACCGAAGCGUGUUCAAGCCGUAUCUAUCCGCCCACGAGAGCGCAUUGAUGUACAAACAGUGGACCAAAGCAGUAGAAAUGUCCCGCGGCUGGCUAGAUGCAAGUGAAAUCGGCCUCGAAGACGAAGAGGAAGAAGCCGAAGGUGGCGAAGAGCCCGAAGUCGCGACACAAGAAACUGCCGAGCGAGUCGUACGAUUAGUUCAAAAAGAAGAGGAAGAUAGUAACAGCGCCGAUGACGUUGCUGUUGGAUCUGAAUCGGAUUGAUCUUUCGACCCGAUUGAUAUGACCACGGUAAUGAUGAUUAGGCUUGUUUGUUUACUAGUUUCAUGACAUGACUUUUGGGUAUUUUGUGAGCGGGCUUUUUUUCCCUUUUUAUAUAUAUCGGUUGGUUUGGUUCUGUCUUGCUCUUCUGGGCGGGUUUAACUGUUCAAGAAAGCGUCCGCAUUUUUUUUUCGGGGGCAGUAUGUGUUGUAUCCAUGUUUUACAUAUAUUAUAGCGUUUCUUUCUUGGACAGGAUUUG